AGCAAGACUCUGUCUCAAAAAAAAAAAGAAAAAAAAUCACUUCCUCCUAUUAACAGUUUCAGACUUGGCCCCACCUGGGGUGAAGGAGAGGUCAGGAAUUCUGAUGUCUGGACCAGACUUUGAGCACAGGCGGUGGCGUCAGGGGCUGGGGACUUGCUUUUGGUCUGGACCGGUCACUGCAGGAGGCUCCUUGCUUUGCCUCUGGCUUUUCCUCCAGGCAGAGCUGCCAGGGGCAUCACCAGCACCCUCUUCCCCACCCUUCCUGGGCUUACCAAGCCUCUUUUUCCUUUUCGGAACCCGGAGCCUGGGCUUUUCCUGAGACAGCCCCGAGGGGAGUCAGCUUCCAGGGCCUCUCCUGUGCCCUGUCCUCCCGGAAGCUUUUCCCCAGGUGGGUGUGGCCGCGCAAGCCUCCAGCCCUGUUCCUCAGAAGAGUGGGGACUACAGGAGCUACCUCAGGAUCCCUGUGACAAUCGGGUCCUGUGCUUGGCGCUAGAGAGCUGGAGAGCUCGCAGUCUGGGAGGGAGACACACUGUAAACAAGUAAUUAGGUUCCCUGGGAGGAGAGCAAGGAGGUGGGGUGAGAAAGCCUUGUAAACACAGGGGGCUGGGGAGGGCCCUGCCUGCAGUGGACUUUACCCCUCCUGAGGGCGAGGCGGCCGCUGUCCGCACCUGCCCACCACGGAGGGGCCUUUGGCAGCUGGGGGUGAGGCUGAGGCCCCAAAGACCAGGCCUAGCACAGACCCUCCCAGGCGUGUGUGAGCGCGAGAGACACUCACGGACUUGAAACUGCUCCUUGGAGGACAAAGCGUUACAUAGAACAGUGGCUGCUGGGGGCGCGGAGCGGGCAGUGAGCGUUGAGUGCGGACAGAGUUCCUGCUUGGGAUGAUGGAAAAUUUCUGGAGAUAGAUGGUGGUGAUGGUUGUACAACAAUGUGAAUGUACUUAACAUAUACCUAAAAAGGGUUAAAAUGGUACAUUUUAUGUUAUGUCUAUGUUAUCCCAAUUGAUCGAAAGUUUUUCUCAGAUGUUCCUUAGGUAAAAGCAGUCCCUGAUCAUUGCCCCUACCCUCAACCCAGGGCUUUUCAGACACUGUUAACAUUUUGGCUCGAACGAUUCUUUGUUGUGGGGGCUCUCUGUGUCUUGCAGGGUGUUUAGCAGCUUCCCUGGCCUCUACCCGCUAGAUGCCAGCGCCCCCCUCCAUGUGACAACCAAAAACGUCUCCACACACGUCACCAAAUGUCUCCCCUUGUUGACAGGGCCUCCUUAGCCUGCUUGGGUUGAGCUGCUCACAGGAGAGGCCUGAGGAGGGUGGUGGGCAACAGAGAAGCAGGAGUCAGGGUUGGGGGUCUUACCCCAACGGAAGGCCAAGGGCAGCAAACCCUGAGGGGCCCCUGAGGUGGCAGGCAGGGUGAGAAGACUCAGAAUGAGGCAUGCCGGUGGGCAUAGGCAGAUGGUGGGAUAGGCCCAGGCUUUACUCACAUCCAGCAUGGUACUGGCUUCACAACCCUGCAGCUGCCUGCCCCCCCUGCCAGCCCCCACCAAGGGAGGAGAAGUGAGAGUGCUCGCUGCAGCUAUUCCCACUCUGAAGCUGUCACCUGCAGCUGCAGCCGCUGUUGGUGCCCUCUAAGAUGGCCACCAGACGCUGCCCAGGUAAUGGGCAAAAAUGAGUAUCGUGGGGGGAAGGGGAGCACUGUGUCUCCUUUCCAACCACUGUCAAAAUAAAAGCAGACAAAAGUGGAUUGUUUAACAAUCACCUCCGAUGUGGCAGCAAAGCUGACCUCCUAAGACUGUGAGCAGGGUCUCACUUUUAACCUAGUCUUUGCCAUUAAUGAGUCAGUCGGGAAUGUUUGCCGAGCGCCCGUCAGGCCCCACGCCAUGCUCAGCCUAGCUGCAGCCAGCGAAGUCCCUGCCCUCCAGCAGUUGGCAGGUAAUGGUGACGGUGGACUGGAGAGGAGAGAAGGGGGCGGACGGGAGGGCACAGGGGGUCUAAAGGCCAGGCCUGGCGGGGAUAUCCUCUGCCGGGGUCCGGGCCGUGGUUCAUGCCCUUCUUACCUGAGAUGCCCCUUUUAGUGAGCACCCGGCUCCUCCCCAGAGGUUAGAGAGUGGCUUCAGGCCACUUGCCUGUGGACCUCGUGCCUUCUUCUUGGUGGAUUUGCUGGCCCAGUUCUCCUGGGCCCCAGAGAACCCCAUUGAAGGGCCACACUUAGCCCAGGGGUUCUGGAUGGGUGCGAUGGAUCGAGGGUUGACAAGGUCAGAAGUCGGCAGCCCCUCAAUCCCAGAGCUGUGGCUGACUGGGCUCACCCAGACCCAGAGAGGGCAGGCCGUGGGAGCUGGGUUGGCUGGGAAGGGAGGAGGGUGUGGACUGUCGGAUGGGGUCUGUGGGGAUUUCAGCCGCUGAGCUAACCCUGGGGCUGCAGCUGUGGGGCUCCUCCUCUGCACAGUGUGCCUGGCCCCCUCCCGCCUCUAGGCACCUCUGGAAGAAGGGGUGUCUGAUGCUGCUGCAGACCGGGGUCCUUGGGGCAGGGCCGGGGCAGGCGCUUACUCCAUGCGCGUGAGUGACUGGGUUGUCUGGCCCCUGGGGCUGUGCUGGUCUCAGAGCUGGCAGUCCUGGGUCUCUGUGCCAUGGAGCUGGCUGGCAGUCAACAGGAAGUGCGUCCCAGAGUGAGAGGAGGCCGGGUGGCCCGGGCAGGAAGUGAUAGUGGAGUUGCCUUGAGCAGCUUUGCGGGGCUCAGAGCCUGCCCCAACCUGAGGUGUCUGUGGGGCAGCGAAUGGCAGGAGGAAAGAAAGACACCACCCUGGUGGAAAGCAGCGACACGCCAAAGGACACUGCAGUGACCUCCAAGUCCCCAUCCACGGCCCAGGACUCAGGCCCCUCCGAACUGUUACCCAAUGGGGACUUGGAGAAGCGGAGUGAGCCCCAGCCGGAAGAGGGGAGCCCUGCUGGGGGGCAGAAGGGCGGGGCCCCAGCAGAGGGAGAGGGUGCAGCUGAGACCCCGCCUGAAGCCUCCAGAGCAGUGGAAAAUGGCUGCUGCACCCCCAAGGAGGGCCGAGGAGCCCCUGCAGAAGAGGGCAAAGAACAGAAGGAGACCAACAUUGAAUCCAUGAAAAUGGAGGGCUCCCGGGGCCGGCUGCGGGGUGGCUUGGGCUGGGAGUCCAGCCUCCGCCAGCGGCCCAUGCCGCGGCUCACCUUCCAGGCGGGGGACCCCUACUACAUCAGCAAGCGCAAGCGGGACGAGUGGCUGGCACGCUGGAAAAGGGAGGCUGAGAAGAAAGCCAAGGUAAUUGCAGUAAUGAAUGCUGUGGAAGAGAACCAGGGGUCUGGGGAGUCUCAGAAGGUGGAGGAGGCCAGCCCUCCCGCUGUGCAGCAGCCCACUGACCCCGCGUCCCCCACGGUGGCCACCACGCCUGAACCCGUGGGGGCUGAUGCCGGCGACAAGAAUGCCACCAAAGCAGCCGAUGACGAACCGGAGUACGAGGACGGCCGGGGCUUUGGCAUUGGGGAGCUGGUGUGGGGGAAACUGCGGGGCUUCUCCUGGUGGCCAGGCCGCAUUGUGUCUUGGUGGAUGACGGGCCGGAGCCGAGCAGCUGAAGGCACCCGCUGGGUCAUGUGGUUCGGAGACGGCAAGUUCUCAGUGGUGUGUGUGGAGAAGCUGAUGCCACUGAGCUCGUUUUGCAGCGCGUUCCACCAGGCCACCUACAACAAGCAGCCCAUGUACCGCAAAGCCAUCUACGAAGUCCUGCAGGUGGCCAGCAGCCGCUCCGGGAAGCUGUUCCCAGCGUGCCAUGACAGCGACGAGAGUGACACUGCCAAGGCCGUGGAGGUGCAGAACAAGCAAAUGAUUGAAUGGGCCCUUGGGGGGUUCCAGCCCUCCGGCCCCAAGGGCCUGGAGCCACCAGAAGAGGAAAAGAAUCCCUACAAAGAAGUUUACACAGACAUGUGGGUUGAACCUGAGGCAGCUGCCUAUGCACCACCCCCACCAGCCAAAAAGCCCCGAAAGAGCACAACAGAGAAGCCCAAGGUCAAGGAGAUUAUCGAUGAACGCACAAGAGAGCGGCUGGUGUACGAGGUGCGGCAGAAGUGCCGGAAUAUUGAAGAUAUUUGCAUUUCUUGUGGGAGCCUCAACGUCACCCUGGAACACCCUCUCUUCAUUGGAGGAAUGUGCCAAAACUGCAAGAACUGCUUCCUGGAGUGUGCAUACCAGUAUGAUGACGAUGGCUAUCAGUCCUACUGCACCAUCUGCUGUGGGGGGCGUGAGGUGCUCAUGUGCGGGAACAACAACUGCUGCAGGUGCUUUUGCGUGGAGUGUGUGGACCUCUUGGUGGGGCCGGGGGCUGCCCAGGCGGCCAUUAAGGAAGACCCCUGGAAUUGCUACAUGUGUGGGCACAAGGGUACCUAUGGGCUGCUGCGGCGGCGGGACGACUGGCCCUCUAGGCUCCAGAUGUUCUUCGCCAAUAACCACGACCAGGAAUUUGACCCUCCGAAGGUUUAUCCACCUGUCCCAGCCGAGAAGAGGAAGCCUAUCCGGGUGCUGUCUCUCUUUGACGGAAUUGCUACAGGGCUCCUGGUGCUGAAGGACCUGGGCAUCCAGGUGGACCGCUACAUCGCCUCGGAGGUGUGCGAGGACUCCAUCACGGUGGGCAUGGUGCGGCACCAGGGGAAGAUCAUGUACGUCGGGGACGUCCGCAGCGUCACACAGAAGCAUAUCCAGGAGUGGGGCCCAUUCGAUCUGGUGAUUGGGGGCAGUCCCUGCAACGAUCUCUCCAUCGUCAACCCUGCCCGCAAGGGACUCUACGAGGGCACUGGCCGGCUCUUCUUUGAGUUCUACCGCCUCCUGCAUGAUGCGCGGCCCAAGGAGGGAGAUGAUCGCCCCUUCUUCUGGCUCUUUGAGAAUGUGGUGGCCAUGGGCGUUAGUGACAAGAGGGACAUCUCGCGAUUUCUCGAGUCCAACCCUGUGAUGAUUGAUGCCAAAGAAGUGUCAGCUGCACACAGGGCCCGCUACUUUUGGGGUAACCUUCCCGGUAUGAACAGGCCAUUGGCGUCCACUGUGAAUGAUAAGCUGGAGCUGCAGGAGUGUCUGGAGCACGGCAGGAUAGCCAAGUUCAGCAAAGUAAGGACCAUUACUACUAGGUCGAACUCCAUAAAGCAGGGCAAAGACCAGCAUUUUCCCGUCUUCAUGAACGAGAAAGAGGACAUCUUAUGGUGCACUGAAAUGGAAAGGGUGUUUGGCUUCCCCGUCCACUAUACCGACGUCUCCAACAUGAGCCGCUUGGCCAGGCAGAGACUUCUGGGCCGGUCGUGGAGCGUGCCAGUCAUCCGCCACCUCUUCGCUCCGCUGAAGGAAUAUUUUGCUUGUGUGUAAGGGACAUGGGGGCAAACUGAGGUAGUGACACAAAGUUAAACAAAAAAAAAACACAAAACAUAAUAAAACACCAAGAACGUGAGGAUGGAGAGAAGUAUCAGCACCCAGAAGAGAAAAAGAAAUUUAAAACAAAAACCACAGAGGCGGAAAUACCGGAGGGUCAUGCCUUGCGAAAAGGGUUGGACAUCAUCUCCUGAUUUUUCAAUGUUAAUCUUCAGUCCUAUUUAAAAACAAAACCAAGCCCCUCCCCCCCCUUUUAUUUGGUCAGACCUUUUGUUUUCUACUCUUUUCAGAGGGGUUUUCUGUUUGUUUGGGUUUUUGUUUCUUGCUGUGACUGAAACAAGAGGGUUAUUGCAGCAAAAAUCAGUAAAAAAAAA